CCGAGCCCCCACCCUCCCGCGGGAGCAGAUGGGAGCUGGAGGAUGCUCUCCGCGCGGGCUCCGGGCUCCGCCAGGUGUCCGCGGUAGGGAGGGGAGAAGGCCCGUCCGCGCGAGCUGCGUGCAGGGCAGCCGGGUCGGGGUCAGGACUCCGCCCCAGGGCGCAGGUGCGCAGUCCCGGCCCAGCAGGCUGCCAGGCUGCGGAGCGCCGGGCGGGGGUCCCUGGAGAAGCCCCGACGUGCGAGGGUCCGCCGACCGCCCGCACGCAGCGGCGCUCCGGAGACGCCGCGGGACGGAGCCCACGGGCGCGCGGCGGCGAGGGCCGCGCCGGGGCCCGGGGCGCGGGGUCCCCGGGCGGUGCGGGCGCCGCAGGUCCGCCGCGGGGCCCUGCGCGUUGCGGCGCCCCCUGCCGCGGGGGAGGAGGACGGGAGCCCGUGGGGGCGAGCCCCGAGGAGGGGCGGGGGUCCUCGCGCCGCGCGCCCGCGGCCGGGCCCGGAGCGGCGCCCCCUGGCGCGGGGGCGGAGAGGCGGGCGAGAGGCCCUGGCUCUUACCUCCCGGGGUCCCGCGGGUGACGGCGGCAGCGGCCAUUCUACCCCACACCGACCCCCCCCCCGCGCCGGCUGACAGCAGCGUCCGACGUCACUGCGCACGGGGCGGGGCCUCCCCGUUAAGGGGAUUGCGGGGGGGCGGGUGCAGCCGGGCAGCCCGGGGCGGUGGCCGCGUAGGGGGGGGCGGGGCGGCGCGCCGGAGACAGGCUUCCGGGGUCCCGGGGUGUCAGGGACCCCGGGGCUCGGAGGGACCCAGCCCGACUUCACUUUAG